CGCCUCUGCGCAUGCUCCCGGGUAAACAAUAUGUUGGGGACUUGUCUCUCUCUCUCUCUCUCUCUCCCUCUUUCGGAAGUCGAGUUUUUAAAAAGCUCGGGCAGACCAUGAUAUGACGACUUCGCUGAUUUUGCAUCCACGCUGGGCGGACACUUUCAUGUACGUGUAUGAGGAGAACCCGAAUGAAAAUAACCAGACUAAAAUCCCAGCCAUGGAAGGGCUCAGUGGGAACUGUCCAACGAGCCACUGCAGGGAUUUGAUCAGUCACCCGGUCCUGAGUCGUCAUUCCAGCACCAUUGGGACUCACCAGGGUUCCGUUUACACGGAAAUACCUGCUCCAGAUGCAGCCAGGCAGUGUCCCGCGCCUCCCGCCUCUUCUAACGCCACUUUAGGCUACAGCUAUCCCUUUGGAGGCAGCUACUACGGAUGCCGCCUGUCCCAUUCCCACAACGUGAACUUGCAACAGAAGCCUUGCGCCUACCAUCCGGCUGAAAAAUACCCCGAGCCCAGCGGCUCCCUCCCCAACGAAGAACUAUCCUCCCGGGCCAAAGAGUUUGCUUUUUACCCGAGCUUUGCCAGCUCCUACCAGGCGGUCCCUGGCUAUUUGGACGUAUCGGUGGUUCCAGGUAUCAGUGGGCACCCCGAGCCAAGACACGACGCGCUGCUCCCCAUGGAGGGCUACCAGCACUGGGCUCUUUCCAACGGCUGGGACGGGCAGGUUUACUGCGCGAAGGAGCAGUCGCAGUCUACCCAUCUCUGGAAAUCGCCUUUCCCAGAUGUGGUACCUCUUCAGCCAGAAGUGAACAGCUACCGUAGGGGCCGGAAGAAAAGGGUCCCUUACACGAAAAUCCAGCUGAAAGAAUUAGAAAAGGAGUACGCGGCCAGCAAGUUCAUUACCAAAGAGAAGCGAAGGAGGAUUUCUGCCACUACCAACCUUUCCGAGCGCCAGGUCACAAUCUGGUUUCAGAAUCGCAGAGUGAAAGAAAAAAAAGGUUAUUAGUAAAUCUAAGACAUCCCACCUACAUGCUACCUGACAUAGAAAUCUUUCAAGAGGGGGGGGGGAAACAAAAACAAAAAUUUAAAAAAGGGAGAAGAAACAAAUGCAAAUAUUUAUCUGGUAAAUUUGUACAAAUAAAAAAAAAAAAUACAUUGAAUGUGAUUAUUUAAACACCCGCACAGUCUCCAAGGAGCGUUUGGGGGAAAAAAAACCAAACCGCCACCUUUGGGUUAGUCUUCUGUCCAUUUAUUGCCCUUUCUUAACUGUGAAGCUGACUGCCUGUCUUAAAAUCCAUUUUUCGGUGUUCUUAAAUGUUCACACUUUAUUUUCACAGAGAAGCCCGGAGUGGAAAAUUCUCUCUUCCUUUCCUCCCUCUCUCUCUCUCACACACACACAUACAAACACACCCACAUUUGCCACGUUGGGAUUCGGAGUGAAUUUGUUCUUUCUUUUCCUUCCUUCCUUCCUUUUGUAGGUCUGUAUUAUAGUCCAGCACUUUCCCUGUGCCAUAUUUUCCGUGUAUUUGGCUGUUUUUUGUCUUUUUAUGUUUCAAAAACAAAAAGCAAAAACUGUAAACUGUUACAUAUGAAGAAUUAUUCAUGUUGGGUUUUUCUUUUCUUUUUUUCUUUUUUUUUUUUUUAAAAACUAAAAUAUAAAAUGGGGAAAAAAUAAGGCUGCUACUCAAAAGUGCUGAGGAGUUUCUUUUUGUCUGUGUUCCUUAAAACGCGCAUUUAUCAUGAUCAACUAACUUUACUCCAUUCCUGAAUUCAGAAGUCACUGCCUGGAAUAACUAGAGUUGGGUCGGACAAAAGCAGGUUCUAUGCUUUGGGGGAAGAUGGGGGAAAAAAAUAGAUUAGACUUCCCUAUUGACAUAGCCGGGACUGAAAACUCCAGCAGGAUCCGUGCUCUUAAGAAUAAUUACGGUUUUGAUUUUCUAGAUUAUGGUCUCACUCCAGCUGUUUUAUUAUUAUUGUGUGUUGGUUUUACUGCUAUAAAAUGGGAAUGUUAUCGAUUAUAAGGAAAGGUGCACGAUAAAGCUCCGUGGAUGGAUGUUUGUUUCCUUAUGUUUUUUCUGUGUUCUAUUUCCCACGGAGAGCAGCGUUCCUUUCGCCUUGUUAAAAUUACCCACUUUUUUAAACCAACGAACCGUCUUCUUGUAUAUGUAUAUAAUGUUUUGUCCGAAUGAUAUGUACUGAAUAUUGAAUGCAGAAAUACAUUUCUUAAAAAUAAA